CCCGUGCCCCGGGACAUCGCCAUCUCCCAGGCCUGCACGCCCCUGCCCCUCGAGUACGUCGCGGCCGCGGCGGGCGUCGCGCGCGACGAGCUCAUCCCCUGGGGCCGGCACAAGGCCAAGGUCGACGCGGGCAGGGUCGCGGCGCGCCUCGCGGGCGCGCCCGAGGGGUCCCUCGUCGUCGUCUGCGGCAUCAACCCGACGCCCCUCGGCGAGGGCAAGUCGACGACGACGAUCGGCCUCUGCCAGGCGCUCGGCAAAAAUUUGGGCAAGCGCGUCGUCACGACGAUCCGCCAGCCGAGCCAGGGCCCGACGUUCGGCAUCAAGGGCGGCGCGGCGGGCGGCGGCUACAGCCAGGUCAUCCCCAUGGAGGAGUUCAAUCUCCACAUGACGGGCGACAUCCACGCGAUCGUCGCCGCGAACAAU